AUGGACGAUUAUUUGUUUCGGCAAUAUGUCAACGAGUGUCGCGUGGUGACCGAGGCGACAAAAUAUGUGGAAAUCUUUAAUUACUCAGACCCUUUUCACAAUUCCUGCGAGGAACAUAUUUUAACUCGAGAUGAAUUUGAAAACUUUCUCCAUCGCAGGGGCGCCUUUGCACCGCCAGAGCUGCGUCCCGGAACCUCGCUCUUGAGUGGCAUUCGGCUGGUCGUUCAAACUGAUGCUCAGGACAAGGAUACUUUUAUGCCCAAGGUCUUGUCCCUCCCCAAGGAUGUAUAUGAGCAAAUGGUGCGGGUUCUCCGACUGCCCUUUCGCGGGAUAGAAACCACGUCUGUCGUCGGACCCUUUUUCUGGAGCUCGUACGACCACGACGACGCCGAUCCCCAUCUGCAUAUUGUGCACCGCAAGUCGGACGUGCGCAAAAAGGGCCGGACGCGCGGCUGGGAGAUGAUGCUGUCGCACUCGUUUGCGACGGGCGUGACGACGGGCUUCGUCAAGGGCACGCCGUCGUCGGACAUUGUCGCGGCGCUGCGGCAUCUGCGCGCGUGCGCCGCGCAGGCCGGCCACCCGCUGCUGCUGCCCACCAUUAUCCUCGCGCACGACCUCGCGCCGGCCAACGACCAGAAGCAGCGCGACGCGCGCGACUGGCUGCGGCGACUGGAGCACGCCGUGAGCAUGCGAGACGAGAUUGAGGUGGGCGAGCAGUACUUUCAAAACGGCCAGCUCGAGGUCGACGGCUUGAACCGCGACCUGGUCGAGUGCCACUCGAAUGUGCUGUGGAAGCGGCCGCAGGCGUACAUGGCGCUGACGGGGGAAAUGGAAAAGGCAAUGGGUCUGUUCAAGGACAUGCAUGAGGCGACGGCGGCGGCGAGAAGCAAUCAGAGUGCGGAGGCGGAGGCGGAAGCGGCGGCGGCGGCGGCGAGGGACGAGGAGAGGAGGCAGCUGGAUCGGCUGCAUAGGUCGAUGCUGGCUCGCAUGGACUUUUACAAGGUCAAGCUCACGGGCUUGGAAAAUUACAUUCACACGACUCUGCAGCGACUAAAGGUGCAGCGAGAAGCGCUGUACAACAUCAUGUCGCAGCGCGAAGCCCGUCUCAACCUCGAAAUCGCCGGAGAGCAGCGCCGCAUCGCCCACGCCAGCAAGCGCGACAGCACGGCUAUGAAGACCAUCUCCCUGCUCGGCACGCUCUUUCUCCCGGGCACGUUUCUCGCGUCCGUGUUUAGCAUGACGUUUUUCAAUUUUCAAUCCAGUGGCGGCCCUGUCAUCUCGGACAAGCUCUGGGUUUACUUUCUCCUCACCAUUCCCAUCACGGCGGCCAUUGUCGGCAUCUGGAUCUGGUAUGACAAGCGGAAAGAGGCGCAGUAUGCGCAAGACGACGAGGAUCUGGAAAAGGACAUUACCAAGAUGGAGCUCGACAUUAUGAUGAACCUGCGGAAGAGGACCAUGAGCAAGAAUCAUACCUGGAACACAAUCAGUCCCCCACCGCGGUAA